AUGAGUCUCGUCCGUCAGUACUGGUUUGGAUCUUUGAUGGUCGACGUGACUUGCGACUCAAUCCCGCAAGAGCCCUUGACGUGGACGAGGGACGAAUCGCAAGACCACACAUACGUCGCGUUCACCUAUAUUCCGCCGAGGUGGUUAUCAGAUAUGUGUAUCACCGUCUCAAUGACGCCUGCGGCACCUCUACGGUUUCAGAGGUCUCACCUUAAUUUGGACCUUAGAAUUGUCGAUUGCCUGUCAUCCUGCGAUGUGCAGGGUCUCCAGAAAAUGUUCGCGCAGGGGCUGGCCCAUCCCUUCGACCUUAUACCACCUCGCCAAGUGGACGCCGGAGAUUUCUCAUAUUUUCAGCAGCCAAGUUCGGUACUAGAGAUGGCUUCUACCAACCAGGACAGUGACGAGGCUGAACAAAUGCUUGCAGUCCUUAUGGAAAACCAGGCGUACGAGAAGAGAGAUGCCAUCGACUCAGUCAUAGACCGGGGAGUCGACCUUUCAGAUAUCUUGAAUGCAACGCCAUACCAACGACACUCGAUUCUUCUGAUCCUCUACGCUACCGGCCCAAGAGCCUUUGCCCACGACUUUGUACGCCGGCAGGUUGGUCUGCUAGAAUACUAUGACAUGACCCCGGCAAACUCCUGGCUUCUUCGAACCAUUGCCCGGUCGGAACCUGGGUUUCGAUCUAAGUUGGUCUGCGAACAACAAGAACUAUGCGGUCAACCUAAUGGCAAUAAUUGCAAGAAAACUGGACCAGACAUCUGUCUACAGACGCAGUUGAAAGAUAUGCGCGAGGCUGAUGCCGAAGAGAGAGACCUCUAUUUAUCAACUCUGUGUGCGGGAGGACCUGCCGCAGAACUUGACGCCCUCCUAUGGUAUCCAGGCGAGCUCCCUGAACUUAACCCCAAGCACGAGGGUGGCAGGUUCCUUCGGCGGUAUCUUGAGAUAUCUGCCGCCUUCGGCAACAGCCCUGUCUUCAGACGUUUGAUUCAUGCCGGUGCUGACACUACCAGCCGUCAAUACCACCUAUGGAAUGUAAUAACAGGGAAUUGCAACGUGACUUGCUAUUUCAACACCUUCGGUGACCAGAUCAAAUUACGAUCUGACAUGGCGGAGAUGCUCUUACCAGAUGCUUCGCCGUCGCUUGCUUCGUGUUUGACGCCUUUAAUGCCCUACCUGAUGGUCCCAGCUACCUCACGAGCCAGUUACUCGCAAUCGCACUACCUGACUAGCAUCCCGAGGAUACCUACAGCGCGGAUGCCCGGUGGAUUAGCAAUGAGAUACACACCCUACUACAUCAUCGGAUUGUAUGGCCCUUUUCCAGCCGAAGAUAAUAUUCCAAGACUUUUGGUGGCAGAGGGGUUUUCAAGGAGAGCAGUAUCAGCGACUCUCUUAGGUGCAGCUGUUCUUCACGGAGACCAAACUAUCCUCGCAACAGUAUUAAGUGAGAAUAGUGAGUUGGAGUGGGAGGACAUCAAUGGUUUGACUCCACUAAUGAUGGCCAUUAUCUUGCGAUCCUUUGAAUCUGCAAGGAAAUUGCUGCUGCACGGCGCUGAUGCAGAACGUAUCAACUCCCAUGGAUUCUCAGCCAGACAGUUGAUCUUCAAGUUGAGAGAUCUGUGUGAGGAAGAUGAGGAAGAAUAUAUGCAAUCUCUACGUGAGGAACUUUGUGAGGAUGUGAGCUUUUUCAUCGACACUGUCUUCCCCUCAAAGAGAGAUUACAGAGGCACAUUCGAGGAGUUCAAUGAUGCAAUUGAUUUGCUGGGGUUCGACGACAAGGACGAGCAAACACAAGUCGAUGCGACUACCCAGGUCAUUCCAAAAAGACUAGGCAAGCUUUACCUUCUUUCCGACCAUACUCAUGUACUAAUUUGUGCUCAGAAGCUAUGA